AUGUAAAAUUCAUUAUUUUUAAUUUAAACUGUUUUUAAGAUUACAAUGGGAUGCAACAUAUAGAAAUAAAAGAAUAAGUAGCCAACUCUUGGAUUAUCAGUAUAUAUAUUUUAAAAUAAAGUAUAGAUUUAACAUAAAGAAAUACAUUCUAAAGAAUAAUUAUAAACUCCAGAUACAUAGGAUGUUUAAAGUCCUAGAUAAUAAAAUAUAAUAGUCUUAAAGAAAUUACUUGCUUCAUCAAGUUUAAACGUUGACCAAAUCAUUAAACCAGUUUUGAAAAAAUACUCACAUUCUUUUUUAAGCCGAAGUAAAAGAUCAUAACAAAAUUGA